UUCUGCUUUCCCGGCUUCCUUGCUAACUCAUGACUGCGGAGCUACUCUUUAUCAGAAGGGAGAUUUUACAGAGUGAUUCUUUAUUUAAAGAAUAAUUUGUUUGUAACAUCACCGUUCAGUGAUGCCGGGACUCAGUUGUAGGUUUUACCAGCACCGUUUCCCGGAGGUGGAGGAUGUGGUGAUGGUGAACGUGCGUUCCAUCGCCGAGAUGGGCGCUUACGUCAGCCUGCUGGAGUACAACAACAUCGAGGGAAUGAUCCUGCUGAGUGAGCUCUCGCGCCGUCGCAUCCGUUCCAUCAACAAACUCAUCCGAAUCGGGCGCAACGAGUGUGUCGUGGUCAUCCGAGUGGACAAAGAGAAAGGAUAUAUCGACUUGUCAAAGAGAAGAGUCUCUCCAGAGGAGGCCAUUAAAUGUGAAGACAAGUUUACCAAAUCCAAAACUGUGUACAGUAUUCUGAGGCAUGUGGCGGAGGUGUUGGAGUACACCAAGGACGAGCAGUUGGAGAGUCUGUACCAGCGCACUGCCUGGGUCUUCGACGAGAAAUACAAAAAACCGGGAUAUGGUGCUUAUGAUGUGUUUAAACAAGCUGUGUCUGAUCCUUCCAUCCUGGACGGGUUGGAUCUGACGGAAGAGGAGAGGAACGUACUCAUCGACAACAUCAACAGGCGGCUCACGCCACAGGCCGUCAAAAUCAGAGCAGAUAUCGAGGUGGCGUGUUACGGAUACGAGGGCAUUGACGCUGUUAAAGACGCGCUGAGGGCUGGACUGAACUGCUCCACAGACUCCAUGCCAAUCAAGAUAAACUUAAUUGCUCCCCCACGGUAUGUGAUGACCACCACCACUCUGGAAAGGACCGAGGGUCUCUCCAUGCUUAACCAGGCCAUGGCUGUCAUUAAAGAGAAGAUUGAGGAGAAACGAGGCGUCUUCAACGUCCAGAUGGAGCCCAAAGUGGUAACUGACACGGACGAGACAGAGCUACAGCGACAGCUGGAACGUCUGGAGAGAGAGAACGCUGAGGUGGAUGGAGAUGAUGAUGCUGAGGAAAUGGAGGCCAAAACUGAAGAUUAACAAGCUCUGGGUGGGAGGAGAUGAAGCUCUAGCAGGCAGACCCUCAUAGAGGGGAUACAGAGAUAUUCAGAGUAUGAACUGUUUUUGUAUCCUAAUGUUAUGGAGUGGUUAAAUAACAGAUGUAAAAGGAAAAAAAAUGUAAAAAUUAAAAUUUAUACACAAACUAAA